CUCAUUAAAGGAGCAAAUCAUCAUGUCCAAUCCUGUUGUUCUGCGCAGUAUUAGGAGAUUUGAAGAGGAUAACUACAUUUAUGACUCAGAUGGAUCAUAUAACAACCAUAAGAAACCAGAGUCAUCAAACAAGAAAGAAAAUGACAUUCGGCUUGGCUUCUUUCAACUGUUUCGAUUCUCUUCAUCAUCUGAGAUUUUGAUGAUGGCUUUUGGUAGUUUCUGUGCCAUUCUUCAUGGUGCAGCCCAGCCAUGCAUGUUGCUUGUCUUUGGUCUGAUGACAGACACAUUUAUUCAAUAUGACAUUGAGAAGCAAGAGCUUAGCAACCCAGACAAGGCAUGUGUGAAUAGCACCAUAGUGUGGAUCAACAGUUCCCUUCACCAAAAUGAAACAAAUACAUCAAUAAGUUGUGGGUUCCUGGACAUUGAAAGUGAAAUGAUCAGAUUUGCAAGUUACUAUGCAGGAAUCGGGUGUUUGGUGCUUGUGUUAGGAUACCUCCAAAUCUGCUUUUGGGUAAUGUCUGCAGCUCGUCAGAUUCAGAAAAUCAGGAAAGCGUAUUUUAGGAAAAUAAUGAGAAUGGAUAUAGGCUGGUUUGACUGUACAUCAGUAGGAGAACUGAAUACACGAAUCUCUGAUGAUGUGAACAAAAUCAAUGAUGCUAUUGCUGAUCAAGCAGCACUCUUUAUCCAGCGCUUCACCACCUUUAUCUGUGGAUUCCUGUUAGGAUUUGCUAGUGGCUGGAAACUGACCAUGGUUAUUAUUGCUGUCAGCCCACUACUUGGGAUCGGAGCAGCUACCCUGGGCUUGGCUGUGGCAAAACUGACAGGCCUAGAGUUAAAGGCAUACGCAAAAGCUGGUGCUGUGGCUGAUGAAGUGCUGUCAUCAAUCAGAACAGUGGCUGCUUUUGGUGGGGAGAGGAAAGAAAUUGAAAGAUAUGAUAAAAACCUAGUGUUUGCCCAGCGCUGGGGAAUUAGAAAAGGAAUGAUAAUGGGAUUCUUCACUGGUUACAUCUGGUUCAUAAUCUUCCUGUGUUAUGCAUUAGCCUUUUGGUAUGGCUCAAAACUUGUCCUUGAAGAAGAUGAGUAUUCACCUGGGACUCUCUUACAGGUUUUCUUUGGAGUCUUAAUAGGUGCUUUAAGUCUUGGUCAGGCUUCUCCUUGUUUGGAGGCUUUCGCCACUGGCCGCGGGGCUGCAACAAACAUCUUUGAGACGAUAGAUAAAAAACCUACCAUUGACUGCAUGUCAGAAGAGGGCUACAAGCUGGAUAAAAUAAGAGGUGAAAUUGAAUUCCAUAAUGUAACAUUUCAUUACCCAUCCAGGCCAGAAGUAAAGAUUUUGGAUAAUCUUAGCAUGGUUAUUAAAUCAGGGGAGACAACUGCUUUUGUUGGACCCAGUGGAGCUGGAAAAAGCACCACAGUGCAGCUCAUCCAGCGGUUCUAUGACCCUACUGAAGGCAUGGUUACCCUUGAUGGCCAUGACAUUCGCUCCCUUAACAUUCAGUGGUUGCGCUCACUGAUUGGUAUUGUUGAGCAAGAACCAGUCCUGUUUGCUACCACAAUUGCAGAGAACAUUCGCUAUGGCCGUGAUGAUGCUAGUAUGGAAGACAUCAUCAAAGCAGCCAAGGAAGCCAACGCCUACAACUUUAUCAUGGAUCUGCCACUGCAAUUUGACACCCUUGUUGGAGAGGGUGGAGGCCAGAUGAGUGGAGGUCAGAAACAAAGGAUAGCUAUUGCUCGAGCCCUUGUCCGAAACCCUAAAAUCCUGCUACUAGAUAUGGCCACAUCAGCAUUGGACAAUGAAAGUGAAGCUAUUGUCCAAGAAGCACUUCAUAAGGCGCGCCUUGGGCGCACUGCAAUCUCAAUAGCUCAUCGUCUGUCCACAGUCAAAGCCGCUGAUGUCAUCAUUGGGUUUGAGCAUGGAAGGGCGGUUGAGAGAGGAACACAUGAGGAGCUACUGGAAAGGAAAGGGGUUUAUUUUACACUGGUGACCUUGCAAAGCCAAGGAGACAAGGCACUUACUGAAACAGCAGUGGAAAAAAAUGACUUGCUUGUUACACCAAACCUUACGAAAGACCAGUCGUUUAGCCGUGGGAGCUAUCAAAGAAGCUUGCGAGCUUCAGUUCGACAGCGUUCCAGGUCUCAGCUCUCUAAUAUAGUACCCAGCCAUCCAUUAUCAAUCACUGGAGACCAGUCAGACACUGUGUAUCGAAUACAUCAAUAUGAAGAAGGCACAUCUACACAAAAGCAGACAUUUGAGGAGGAAGAAGAGGAAGUGGAGCCUGCACCAGUCACCAGGAUUUUGAAAUACAAUGCUCCAGAGUGGCCUUAUAUGUUGUUUGGAUCUGUUGGCGCAGCUAUGAACGGGGCAGUCAAUCCACUCUAUGCUCUAUUAUUUAGUCAGAUUCUUGCGACCUUUUCCAUGCCUGAUAAAGAAGAGCAAAGAGCACUGAUCAAUGGCAUCUGCCUGCUUUUUGUCCUUGUUGGAGUUGUAUCAUUUUUCACACAGUUCCUGCAGGGAUACACAUUUGCAAAAUCUGGUGAGUUGCUUACAAGACGGUUAAGGAAAAUUGGUUUCCAAGCUAUGCUAGGGCAAGAGAUUGGUUGGUUUGAUGACCACAGAAACAGCCCUGGUGCCUUGACUACAAGACUUGCAACAGAUGCAUCACAGGUUCAAGGGGCUACCGGAUCUCAGAUAGGAAUGAUUGUCAGUUCCUUAACCAACAUUGGAGUGGCCAUUAUCAUUGCUUUCUACUUCAGCUGGAAACUAAGUCUAGUUAUAAUGUGCUUCCUGCCCUUUUUAGCCUUAUCUGGUGCUGUGCAGGCUAAAAUGUUGACAGGAUUUGCCUCGCAGGACAAGCAAGCUAUGGAAAUUACUGGGCAGAUUUCCAGUGAAGCCCUCUCUAACAUUAGGACUGUAGCUGGAAUAGGGAAGGAGAGAAAGUUUAUUGAAGCAUAUGAAGAACAGCUGGAAAUCCCAUAUAGAGCUGCAAUCAGUAAAGCAAAUGUUUAUGGAAUCUGUUUUGGCUUUGCCCAAUGUGUAGUGUUCAUAGCCAAUUCAGUCUCUUAUCGAUAUGGAGGUUUUUUGGUGGAGAAUGAAGGACUUCAUUAUAGCCAUGUGUUUAGGGUGAUCUCUGCCGUUGUGACCAGUGGCACUGCUUUGGGAAGAGCUUCUUCUUAUACUCCAAACUAUGCUAAAGCAAAAAUAUCUGCUGCACGUUUUUUUCAACUGGUGGAUCGGGUUCCCCAAAUCAGUGUUUACAGUAAUGGAGGGGAAAAAUGGGACAAUUUCAAGGGAAGAAUUGAAUUUAUCAACUGCAGGUUCACGUAUCCUUCUCGGCCUGACAUCCAAGUUUUGAACGGCUUCUCAGUGUCUGUUAAACCUGCUCAGACACUUGCAUUUGUUGGAAGUAGUGGAUGUGGCAAAAGCACUAGCGUCCAGCUUCUGGAGCGCUUUUAUGACCCUGAGAAAGGACGUGUGUUAAUAGAUGGCCAUGAUUCCAAGAAAGUAAAUAUACAGUUCCUUAGAUCUAAAAUUGGAAUAGUGUCUCAGGAGCCUGUGUUAUUUGACUGUAGUAUUGCUGAUAAUAUUAAAUAUGGUGAUAACAGCAAAGAGAUCACUAUGAAAGAAGUUAUAGAAGCAGCAAAGAAGGCCCAGCUGCAUGACUUUGUCAUGUCCCUUCCAGAUAAAUAUGAAACUAAUGUUGGGGCUCAGGGAUCCCAGCUUUCUCGUGGGCAAAAGCAACGCAUCGCUAUAGCUCGGGCCAUCAUACGAGAUCCUAAAAUCUUAUUACUGGAUGAAGCAACAUCUGCCUUAGACACAGAAAGUGAAAAGACUGUGCAAGAUGCAUUGGAUAAAGCCAGAGAGGGACGGACCUGCAUUGUCAUAGCACAUCGGUUGUCUACAAUUCAACACUCUGAUAUCAUAGCUGUCAUGUCUCAAGGAAUUAUUGUUGAAAAGGGCAAUCAUAAUGAACUGAUGGCCAGGGAAGGAGCUUAUUACAAACUUGUCACCACUGGAGCACCAAUUAGCUGAUUUACCACAGGCUCUGUGUAAACUUGAAGGAUGAUACUUUUCUAAAUGAGAACUCUGCAGUUGGUUUGGCAAUGUUGGUACCCCUUUAAGUUAUUACAUGGUACAAAACGCUCUGUCAUAUGACAAGUUACAUGGGACAUUAUCGAGCCUAAAAUGUAUCUUGCCUUCUGGAGUAAGCAAGCCCUGUAGGAUCAUAUAUCGUGA